CUUGUUGAAAAACAAUAUGUGUUCUUUCAGUUGUUUAUUUAAACCAUCAAUGGGAACUGCAAUGGGAAACACUAAAAGUGGUUUUCAUUUGCCACCGAAAGGAUACCUUCGUGAGCUAAGAAGAGAAACAAAGAUCCGUUUCAGAGACACGCCUCAAAGAAGAAGCAGUGUUGAAAGAACACAAAAAAUAGAUGAACCGUUUAAAGAGGGCCAUAGAAGAGGAGUAACUAAAAAGGCAAUAAAGGAAUUUAUAAUCAGCAACCCUGAGUUUCUUGACGAUUUUGUAAAAACUUAUGUAUCACAAGACAGAAUCAGAGCUUGGUUAAAACUGACAAAUACCAAACCAAGAUUGAGUGAUAAACUAAAACAGGUUAAUUCAAAUCAAAGCGAAGAAUUUGCAACUGAAAUUGCUGAGCGGCGCUUUAGGCAAACGAAAGCACUAGUUCUGACAAGAAACCACCUUUUUUACCCGUUCCGAUUUCGCAUGGAAGAAUUCAGUAGUUUGAUUGCCCGUCCAAGCACCCAAGCCGAGUUUCCAGAAAUGAAUAGCCACUUAUUUCCUUAUACAGAAAUUUACAACGAUGACAUAAACAGAGUUUUCAUCAGCAUGACCAUGCAGCUAUUCGGUCCACAUGGCUUUCCGCUGACGGAAUUGUGCUAUUUCUUAUCGAGCUUGAAAGCCAAUUACUUCAAUGUGGAGUACCACAAUUACAGUCAUGCCCUGAGUCAUGCUCAAUCUAUGUUCUGGAUGCUGAAGAAGAAUCCAGGUGUGUUUACCGAAAAUGAAAUGAAGGGACUCAUGAUCGCAAGUAUUGCUCACGAUGUGGGACAUUUCGGUGUCAAUGAAAGGUAUCUGAGAGAAGUGGGGAAUGGUUUGGAAAGAAUGUACCACAAUCCCAUUCUGGAGCAUCACAACAUUCAAGUAUGCUUUUUGAUUUUGGCAGAUAUAAAUUGUAAUGUGUUUUGCGAUAUGAGUGCUGAAGAUUACAAAAUGGUACUUGGUUGUAUCCGACACGCAAUCAGAUCAACCGAAGUGAAUCGAUACAAAAUGCAAGUUCAAACAAUGCGCCAGCUUCUCAGUUCGAAUUUAGAUUUCGAUGAUAUGGAAGUGAAGCAUGCAGUGAUAUCCCUCAUGAUGAUGGCUUGUGAUUUGUGCGCAGCGUGGAAGCGUUGGCCGGAACAUAAAAACACCGUUUGGAGUCUUUACAAGGAGUUCUUCUAUCAGGGCGAUAAAGAGAUGCUUCACGGUAUAGACUCGCCCCCCCAAAUGAUGAGGAUGAAUGCUGAAAAUAUUCCUUACUUCCAGGUGGCUUACAUGGAAAACAUUGUUCUACCCAUAUUUAGGCUAGUUUCGAAAGUAUUUCCGAAUUGCAGAUCAAUACUUAAAGAAACUAUUGAAAACUGUAACUUUUGGAAAUCGUACGAGACGAGUUGAUUUAUGUUGCAACAAAGCCAUUUUGUUUGACAAAGUCCAAGUAAAUUGAGAAGAUUACAUGAAGUACUCUUUUUCCAGCAAUUUAAAUGUUAUCAUUCAAAAAGCAAAUGCUCAUAUCUAAGACAAAAUUAUUUUAAUAAACAACUUAUAUUUUGA